GCUGCUCGGGCCCGGGCCGCCGCGGAACCGCUUUGCUGUCCGGUCCCGCCGGCGCCUGAGAUCGGGAUGAUUUCUCACGUCUCUGUUUCUCACCUAAGGGUUUAUUUGCCAUUCCAGAGAUGGAGGCUGGCUCUUGUGGUUGUCAAUGACUCUUCAAAAAGCCAUUUCAGCUCAGUUUGAAGCAUCGUUUCUCAGCUUAAGAUAGUGAAAGUGGCUUACGCUUUUCUGCCCAGCUCAGAACUAUUUAAAAGCAAAAGUGAGCUUUGAUGUUGCUGAGGACAUCUCUAAUAAAGGUGACCACGCUUCAGCCAGCAGAAAGAGCCAUAAUGACUUAUGUUGCAAAGAAGUGCGGCGUCUGCUUCCAGCCUCCAUCCAUUAUCCUCAUCUACAAAGACAACAGCGAGGAUAAGACACGCCAGCGCAUCAUGCCUGUCAGAAAUUUCUCCAAGUUCUCGGACUGCAGCAUGGCCGCUGAGCAGCUGAAGAAUAACCCUCGGCACAAGGCUUACCUAGAAGGAGUCUCCCAGCGUCAGCUGCAGAAGCUGUACAGUUUGCUGAAAGGUCAUCUGAGAGGAGAGAGCCUGGCCGAGAGCUUGGAAAAGUUUCAGGAGGAAGAGACCAUUGACCCAGAAGAGGAUAUGAACAAACUAGAUGACAAGGAACUAGCCAAAAGGAAGAGCAUCAUGGACGAGCUCUUCGAAAAGAACAGGAAGAAAAGGGAUGACCCAGACUUCAUCUAUGACAUUGAGGUUGAAUUUCCACAAGACGAGCAGCUGGAGUCUUGUGGCUGGGAUGUGGAGUCAGGCGAAGAAAUCUGACUCCAGACAAAGAUGUAUUAGAUGAGCAAUUCAGAGACAAAUCUCACCGUUCUAACAGAGAGAAUGAUGCCAGUGUAAGUAUUCUACCCCAUUUUUCAGCUCAUGCAUUUGAUGCACGUUACAUAGGCUACGGAGAACUCAAGGCCUAAGGUGCGAUGGCAGUUCCACAUUUAAGUGAACUUUAAGAAGCCAGACUUGAUGAAAUGGAAAUUGGGCAGCCAAACUUAUUGAGUGUUUUUAGUUUUUUUCCUAUGUACAAGGGCCUAAAAUAAUUUAAAAUUAUCUUUUGUUUGUUUACAUUUCAGUCAACUCUGGCUGAAAACCUCACCAGUUUGCCUUGCUGUGAUUUCUAUUCAGCUAUGUCUGAAAAAGAAGUUUAAAUAUUUAUGUCUUGAAAGCAGUGUUAAAGCUUUAUUGGAUAAGUAUGGUAUUUAUUGCUGGAAUGUUAAAUAUAUAUUACUCUUUCUGGAUAAAUCAACACUGCCUUGAGAAUAUUACUCAUGUUUCCCAAGCGAUGCUUAAAUCUCCAGUUUCAGCUUACACAAAUAUAAAUCCUUAUCCUUAAGAAAUGGAAUAUCUAGAAGAUAAAUUAGUCUUGAAAAUCAGUUUGAAAUCACUGUAUUUUCAAAAGUACAUGAGGUGUUUUGCUUCUUUAUACUGCUAGAUGAUGCUUUCUCAGUAAGUGCUCAGUUCUGGGAAAAGGUACUUGAACUAUCUGAAAAAAAGUAUUGCGGUAAGAAGGUCACAAAGCCUGGGGCUGGUUUUAGAGUAAAACAAAACCUUUACCCCUGCUGCCUCAUCAGACUGCAGUUCCCAGCUCACUCAAAAUCAUGCUAGGGGAGAACCUGACGUGACACAUAAAGCUACAGCAACAGGUCCUGCACGGAAUGUUUUCAUGGGCACCGAGAAGUUUGUUAUUGCAAACAAGUACGUUACUUCAUCUCGCUGAAGUUUUUAAUCCCACUCUCUUCCACAGCUGGUUUGUACUAGCCAAAUCCUGCUCUCUUAAGAACUGGAGGACUAAAUUUAGGAUUCUUUAGAAAAUUAUGCAACUCCAAAAGCUUCCUAGGUUUUGGCUUUCUGAACCUGAUGGCUGUGACGGUUGUGAGUGCCUUCAUCCCAAGUUGUGUGGCCUCAACAAACCGAUGCCUGAGGUAACUAAGGAGCUGUAAAUUGCCUCCAAGACUAGUUUAGUUCUUGUCUCCUUUCUUGCAACCACAAAUGAAUUAAAACAUGUCACUUUUGUAAAUGAAACAUCAUAUCACAGCGUAGAAGCUGGAAGUUUGAAGAAGUUUGGAAGAGCUCUCCUCCCACACACUGACAUGAUGGAGUCAGUUCUGUCAAAAAUCUGAAACGAGUGUCAAUUAAACCACAGUGCUUUGUCAUCACUAGAGAAAAUGAGUGAGCUUGUGUUUGUCCAGGGGAGUCUUCAGUUCAGAAAAGAAAUGAAAGUCAGUGACUCGCAGUAAAUUAAAAAAUAAAGCCUGACUCAGCAAUCCCAGGAACGGAAGGGGUGUGUAGAUCUCUGGCAUGGGCCUUGUUCUGUUUCCAGUCAAAAAUUGCAACAUAACAGCAUAUAAAGCUCCCGCACUUGGGUGGGAGGGGAUCCACGGGACCUCUGCUCCACAGCCAGCACCCCACUCCCCAGCACGGCUGUCCUCACCACACGAGGCCUAUACGCCAGGUCAAUGAGUGCCGAGGUGGGGGGGUCAUCACCCCUCUUCACCAUGAGGUUCCUGCUGCCCCAUUCCUCCAGCCCAGCCAGACGGCCCUGCUGGGGGCUCAUCUGUGAACCCAACACAAAGACACUCCACGGCCUCCUCCGGAACACUGACAGACAUCAGGGCAGAGCCCUGCCCUUCUCACUAGCAUCCUGGUGACACACAUCCUACUACCUGCUGCCCUCUCUGCCUGAUCGACUGAUUUUCACCCACCUGGUUGCUCACCCACACACUCAGACCAUGACACCCUCACUUGGAUGCAAGAACAUUGUGGGACACGGCCCUGAAAGUCUUGCUGAAGUUGAGGUAAAUGGUACCCACUGCUUCUCCCACCUACGAAUUCUCCCAUUUCAUCAUGAGAGGCAAGCAGUUUGGUUCGGCACAACUUACCCUUGGUCAGUCCAUGCUGACUGCUCCCAGCCACCCUUUUCUUCUAGAAAUGUGGCCCAACAAAGCACCCAACAUAAGGGUGACUGUGUUGUUGCUCCCCAGGAUGUCCUUUUGGCCGUUACUGAAGGUGGGUGCAAUAUUUGCCUUUCUCCUGUCCCUGAGGACCUCCCCUGCUCACCCUGACCUUGCAAAGAUGAUGAACAGCAGCUUCGUAAAGACAUCAACCAUGCUAAAAGCAGGAGCUGGCCUUGUUGCCCUGACACGCCUUGCACACCCCAGCUCCAGGGGAGCCUUAGCUUUCCACUUGCCAUGGCCCUGCUCUUGGGAAAGCUGCUAACACCUCCUGUGAUGGAGGAGUGUUGUGUCCCCCACGUAGGCUCAAUAUGAGCACAAACACCCGCUUUUUAUCCACACCCCAGGCAGUCCCAGACACCCGGGUUCCCACCUCUGUGCGCACCCCACAUCCCCCCACCAAAAGGAGAAGCAGCAGCAGCCGCAGCGGUGGAGGAAGCGCACAUACCCACCCUCCGAGGCUGGACCUGGAACCCGCUGCAGAGGGAAACGGCCCCAGGGAGAGGGGUGCUCACGGGGGCACCCUGCUCACCGAAACACAGCUGCAGUACCUGGUGCUGGCACAGAUCCGACGGAGGACAGUGCAAGGACAUAUUUAUAGGUCACUCUUGUCCCUCGGGCACGCAGUUUACGGGCAAAAGAAUGGCUGAUACGGGUUGAGGGAUUCCCCUAGCUAGGGCCUGAUUUCAUUUUGGCUAUUUCGGUCUAAAAUAGGGCCAGAAAGCAAGCAUUUUCUGAGGCAGAUUUGACAGUUGGGUACCCAGAGCCUCACCAGUGCUCGGCCCCAGCAGUGCUGCUGGCGGGUCUGACCUAUGCUGUUUUUUCCAGGCCGACACAGCCACCAGCUCACCAACAACCCCAAUCCUUGUCCCCACACCUGUGCCAGGGAGGAUCCUGCCCUGAUCCCUGCCUCACCUCCUCCUGCCCUGCCCCAGCAUCGCUCCCAAGCUUCACGCAUCCACCUCCACCACCUCCCAGGACAACUCCAGUGUAAGGCAGAGUCACACUGGGGCUGGCUGAGGGUGCUCGAGCCCAUAUCCCCACAUCACCCCACUGAGCUCAUCAGAGUCCAGGCAAGAACAAGCCCCCAGCAUGCCCACAACAGCACUGCUGCUCGCUUCCCCACACACCCUGUUCCUGUUAAACUUGAACACACUGAAAAAAUCCCAAUGGGGCCACGGGAAUAAAGCCACUCUGGUUCUCA